GUUUUCCCUCCCUCACCUCACUGACCCAUGAAAGAAGCCAUGCCAGUCCUCACAGCAGGAGCGGGGCUACACGAAACGCUGGCCCUGCUGACCUCUCAGCUGCGUCCCGAUGCCAAUCACAAAGAGGACAUGGUCUUCCUCAAAGAUGUCUUCAGUGAGAAGAGCUUGGGAUACCUCAUGAAGAUUCAUGAGAAGCUGAGACAGUACGAGAGACAGAGUCCAACACCCGUCCUCCACAGUGCCUCUUCUCUGGCAGAGGACGUGGCAGAGGAGCUGCAGAGCGGACCGAUGAGCACCGAGGAGAAGGAGCUGCUGCACCUGCUGACAUCACCACAUCUCAAGGCCGUUCUCUCGGUGCACGACACUGUAGCUCAGAAGAACUUUGACCCCGUGCUGCCGCCGCUGCCGGACGACUUCGAGGACGAGCUGGAGGAAGAGUCGGUGAAGAUUGUCAGGCUGGUGAAGAACAAGGAGCCUCUGGGAGCCACCAUCAGGCGGGACGACGCCACCGGGGCAGUAAUCGUGGCUCGGAUAAUGAGAGGAGGUGCAGCUGACCGAAGUGGUUUGGUCCAUGUAGGAGAUGAACUCAGGGAGGUCAACGGAGUCUCUGUGAUCCACAAGAGGCCCGAUGAGAUCAGUCAGCUGCUGUCCCAGUCCCAGGGCUCCAUCACUCUAAAGAUAAUCCCUGCCAUUAAAGAAGAGGACCGACUGAAGGAGAGCAAGGUGUACGUGAGAGCCUUGUUCGACUACAUCCCGUUGGAAGACAAAGCGACGCCUUGCCAAGAAGCGGGACUUCCUUUCAAGCGGGGAGACAUCCUGCAGGUCGUGACCCAGGACGACCCCACGUGGUGGCAGGCCAAGCGCGUGGGAGACAGCAACCUGCGGGCCGGACUCGUCCCCUCCAAACAGUUCCAGGAGAGGCGACUGGCCUACAGGAUGAAAAUGGGCACGCUCCCGAAUCCAAAAUCCCCUAAAAAGCCUGUCUAUGACCAAGGAUGUGAUAAAGAGGACUGUGACUGUGAGGGCUAUUUCAAUGGACAGUACAUAGUCUCUCCUAAGUGUAAAGCAGUGGCGCCCUCCUGUGGCCAGGUGUUUUCCUGGGAAUUUUAUUCAGCUGGUUUACGGAGGAGUUUCCGGCUCAGUCGUAAGGACAGGCAAGGAUCCUCCGGAGAAGGUUCUGAUCCUGGAGACCCCGACUUCCUCACUUAUGAAGAGGUGACCCGCUACCAGCAGAGGCCCCAUGAGAGGCCCCGUCUGGUGGUCCUGAUCGGUUCUCUUGGAGCACGAAUCAAUGAACUCAAACAGCGGGUGAUUGCUGAAAACCCACAUCGUUUUGCAGUGGCUGUACCACAUACCACAAGACCCAAGAAACCUCAUGAGAAGGAAGGUGUGGAGUACCACUUUGUCACCAAACAGCAAUUUGAUGCAGACGCUUUAAACAACAAGUUCAUAGAGCAUGGGGAAUAUAAGGAGAACCAGUAUGGCACAAGUAUAGAAGCUAUCCGCUCUGUACAGGCCAAGAAUAAGAUGUGUAUAGUGGACGUGCAGCCUGAGGCUCUGAAGAGGCUGCGGACAGCGGAGUUCAAGCCCUAUGUAAUAUUUGUCAAACCUCGUGUUCCCGAGAGCAGACGUCGUCGCAGCGCUGCCACCUCACCAGGAGGGGGAGAGCAUGGCCGCGUUACAGACGAAGACCUCCAGGAGAUGCGUCAGUCUGCCAUUCAGAUUGAUCAGCAGUAUGGACACCUGGUGGACCGGGUCUUGAUCAAGGAGGACUCGGCCAGUGCCUGUGCAGAACUGCGAGGUAUCUUGGAGAGGCUGGAGCGGGAGUCCUUCUGGGUGCCUGUCAGCUGGGUGCGGACCUAAGCGUACCCCCACCCAUCAUCCUCCAGAAGAACUUUACAGCCAACCCACCCAAAUCCUGCACCAGUCCUCUCCUACUGAGCUGAUCCCCCUUCCCCCACAAAGGCCUGCUGGCCAGCCUGGGGGUCCGCUGAACUCCCUCUAUGAGACUGCUGCAGGGCUGGUCGGACAGCCAUAAACUGAGGCACCAAAGGGAGAGGAUGAUGUCAGAGGAACACCUCUUUAUCUGGGGUGUUGCAGCAGAUCGACAGCUCUCUUGGCCCGAGGCCAUUUAAAUGCCCAAAAAUCACAGUCUUUUGGUCACUUCCUCAUAUCUAUUCAGGUUUGGUUUUAAUUUAUUUAUUGACUUAAGAAGCGUUUUAUUCCUCAUGCUGUCACUCUUUCUAGCUGCAUUGUUCACUAGAGUGUGUCAGGUUUGGGAUCCGACUCAGAGGAUUGCUCAGUCAGUCAGCUUUAUUGUGACUCUUGUUGGAGUACCUUUAGUAGCAUGUUUAUUUUUGUUUUGUUUUACAGUUUUAUUUAACUCGAUGCCAAUCGCAGAAUGCUUCCUGUUAAUUCUUACUGCUCAUGCAUCCUGUAUAGUAUAAGAACCAAUCAUACUUCAACGGGAGAAAUUCAUAUAUAUAGUUAAGUGAAUGCCAUUUGAAACUGUUCUUUUUGCUAAACCAUGAAUCUAAUUUCAACACAUGGACAGAAACGAAACAAACCUAUAUCCAAAUGGAAUGUGAGACCUUUAUUUUUUACAAAACUGUUUGUUUUUAGGAAACGCAUGACAAGUGAUUAUUUAACCUCAGAUGUGAAUACUGUAAAUGUAACUCCUCAUGUGCCAACGAAAGAUCUCGUAGCACUUCAAUGCAACCUGUUUACCGUCGAUCCCUGGGAACCCAGAUCUGUUUGUGUGUAGAAUAAUGCUGUGCACAGAGUAUGUGUGGAUGGAUGUCACAGUGUAUGUUUACAUACACCAACUGAGAUGCUCCUUUUACGUGCAGUUAUGGGUUUUGUACAGUUUCCUUGCACAUAUCUGUAUUUUUGACUGCAAAGGAAGAGGUGUGUACUAGAUGUCUGUUUUUUCUGAUAAUCAGGGUUUUGCUUUAUUGAUGUCUCGUGGGGUGGGAGAUAUCACAAUAUCCAUAGAUUUCACAUUAGGAUUGAAACAAUGAGUCGAUAAAUUCAAACUGAAUCAGCAACUAUCAGCAAAUAUUUUUAUAAUUGAUUUAUAUUUUAUUCAUUAAGCAGAAAAAGCUGGUUACAGCUUUUCAAUUAUGAUGGUUUUGUUCUUUUGUUUGUCUUGUGAUGGUAAACUGGAAGUUUUGGAUAAAACAAGCAAUUUGAAGACAU